GGCAAAGAAGUAUGCUUGCUUGCAAAAUAUUGUAGAGAGAGUUAAAAUAUUUCUGUGAAGUUUUCUAUCAGUUUAAGCUACCAUGGCGUCAAGGCAAACGGUGAAAACAGAGAAAGCCGAAGCGGAGGCUAGGGCGGCGGCGGAAGACCUCAGUGAAGUUAACAAAGAAAGGAGGGAGUGCCGGAAAGUAGUGGAGUGUGAGCCUGCAGGGUACGAUCGCGAGUACCGGCGCCAAGUCGUCCGAGAAGAGGAGGAGAGAAAGCCCGGCGUUAUCGGCAGCAUUGUGAAGUCGGUUCAAGGUACUCUCGGCCACGCGAAGGACGCCGUCACCGGAAAAACCAACGAAGCUGCAGAAGCCACGAAGGAGACGGCGGGAGAUGUGGCUCAGAGAGCCAAGGAGACGAAAGACUCCGCGGCGGAGAAGGCUAAGCAAGCCAAGGACACGACGGUGGGGAAAGCGGCUGAGUACAGAGAUUACACUGCAGAGAAGGCUAAGGAGACGAAAGACGGCGCGGUGCAGAAGGCCGGAGAGUACAGAGAUUACGCCGCCGAUAAGGCGAAACAAGCGACGGAUUGGACGGCGGAGAAAGCGGGGGAAGCUAAAGACACGACGGUUGACAAAGCGAAAGAGGCGAAAGACAAAACGAUGGAGAAAGCCGGAGAGUAUAAGGAUUACACGGCGGAGAAAGCGAAAGAAGGGAAGGAAACGACGGUUGGAAAGCUCGGCGAGCUGAAGGACUCCGCCGCAGACGCCGCCAAGCGGGCGAUGGGUUUCUUCGUGGGAAAGAAAGAUAACGACGUCAACCGAAAGGCUGCUGAAACUGAGGAAGCCGUCAAACAGAAGGCGGAGGAGACCGGCCGUGUCGCCAAGCAGAAGGCGGAGGAGACGGCCGAAGCCGCCAAGAAGAACGCGGAGGCGAUUAGCCAAGCCGCCAAGGAGGAGGAGGAGGCUGCAAGGAGGAGAAUGGAAGAAAUGAAACUUAAGAACGAGUAUCUGAAGGAUGAAGGAAGACACUGGGACGAGGGGUACGAGGUUGGCAGAGAUGAUGGUUCAGAGAAGGGUGGGAAUGGCGGUGGAAUCAUGGGCGCACUUGGAGGGAUGAAGGAUAAAAUAAAGGGCACCCUGGCUCCAAAGCAAACCUACGAAGAAUCGAACUACGAGAGCGGAGAAGGAAGAGGAACAAGGAGGGUGGUGGUGGAUCUGAAGGUGUCUGAUCAGAUGAGCGGGCAGACUUUCAAGGAGACGCCGGCGGGGAAAACGGCGGAGACGCUGAAGGGGUCUGAUCAGAUGAGUGGGCAGACUUUCAAUGAUGUUGGGCCUCUCAAUGAAGAGGGGAUUCGAAUUGCAAAAAGGAGCUCUUAGAUCGUCUUUAAAAAAAGAUACUUUGGUUUUGUUCUUAGACUGCAAUGCAUUUGCAUGCAGCUUUUGUUAAUGUGUGUUUGUUGUAUCCUAUAGACUAGACUUGCAAUAUGGAAAUUAAAUGCUUUCAGUAAAUUCCUUUUGCUAUGGAA